AGCAAGCGGGGAAGGGCCAUGAAGACGGAGAUCUCCACGGCUGCGGGCUUCAUCACCCGCCUCCUCCGGACGCCCGGCGGCAUCGGCGACGAGGAGCUGCGCUGCUUCAGCGACUCUUUGCAGGAGGCGCUGCGGGACCAUUACAAGCACCACUGGUUCCCCUUGAUGCCCUCCAAAGGUUCAGGGUACCGCUGCAUUAGGAUCAAUCACAAGAUGGACCCCUUGAUAGGAAAGGCAGCAGGCAUGAUCGGACUAAGCCACAACAGACUCUUCCAGCUCCUGCCCAGCGAACUAACUCUGUGGAUAGACCCCUUUGAGGUGUCCUAUCGCAUCGGGGAAGACGGGUCGAUCUGUGUCCUCUACGAAGGCCCUGAGCCAGCAGUGAAGAACGCCAAAGCUCUUGAGAGUAUGAGCAGCUGUAAAGAGGAGUGGAGAAUUGGCAGAGCCAGCCCUUCCAAGAACUACAACAUGAUGACAGUUUCCAGUUAAAAAAUAACAUUCCCUGUACAAUGAUGUAUGUAUGUAUCCCACUUUGAUAAUGAAGUUAGAUGGUGUAACUGAUAUGUUGAUUUUCACCCGAUAGUCAUUAAAGUUGUAGUAGUACUGCCAAUUUCUUUUGUUUUGUGGCCAAGGGCUAAUGUAUAAAAAAAGCAGUUCUUUUAACUGUACUUUUUCUGGAUUGUAUACUGUAAAUGAAAUUGUACAGUCAAGAUGAUAGUUUUACAGAUUUAUAUUUUGGAAAAAAAAUCCUUGGCUAUUUGUAAUAAAAAUGAAACUAA